AUGGACAAUCAGUCACCAUACGCAGUUGUGCAAUAUGUUCCAUUACCGUCACAAAUUCGCAGUGUAACCUCACCACGGCAACAGCUCAACAAACACAAAUGGCCACCUCCGUCCGUGUUAAGUGUUCAAAAGUUCUGGCCGCUAGAUGUGGAUGAGCAUCGAAAUGAAACAGGAGAUGGGCAGAUAGAACGAUUCGAUCAGCGAGAAGCGAACGACGAUGGAGAGGAAAACAGAGUGAUUCAUGAAGAGAAUAUUCAAUUUAAGGAGCAGGCCAACGAACAGCGAUUUGCUGAAAGCACCGAUGUGAUUGUUGAUGAUAAUAAUGCUGAUCAAAGAGUUCAUCGUUCAGAAACUCUUCACGGUGCCACUGAGCGUUCGCCACUAAACGAUGAGAGCAGUCGUUAUCAUGCGAAGAAACGAUCGUUUGCUGCAGAAGUGAAUCUUGAUUUGAACGCCAUCCAAUCGCAACAUUUAAAUGACGAGAUUGAUGAUGAUAUUGCCGCGACAAUAAUUUCCGCUGAUGAGUUUGGUGGUCGGCCAAAGCCAACCGUCAGGCAUUCCCUUCUUGGUUCGUCCGCUUCAGUUUCGAAAUCCACGACCUCAUCGGUAACGCUGACUGAACAUCUACCUCGUGUCACAAUAUCAAAUUCAUUGUCGUUUGGUGGUAACGAAGUGGAACAUCUAUCAACUGGCGGCGUUAUUUGUCAAGAAGGAAACCCUGGCAACAAUCACCAACAACAGCAAUGCACUGACGCAAAUGGUACACUCUCGUCAUCUAUUGCGAGAGACCCGAGACCGGCACCUAGACUGUCGCGAAAACCGGAAACGGAACUUCCGAGACAGAGUGAUGGUGGUAAGAAAAAGGUUUCAGCAAAAGGUUCAUUGAAUGAUGGCACUGAUAAAAUACUUUGGCAUACGAUAAUUAAAGCAAAUGACGAAGGACAAGAGGUGAUGAAAACAACAACGAUCACAGCACGAAAUGAAACCGAGGCAGAAACAACAGCAAAUUAUCAACGUUCACCAUUAGCCAAACAACGUGAAGUAGUUGAAGAGCAAGAUCUGUUCACAGCAUUGGACGAUAAAAACACUGUCAACAUCGAUAUGCCAAGUUGGCGAUAUGAAGCGUCCAAGUGGAGGAACCAGCACUCAGCUAGUGGUUCUGUUGAUGAUGCUACUGUUGUUCAUGCUGAUAAGAAUAACAAGCAUUCAGAAGAUUUCUGGAAUGCAAAGCACCAAUUCGACAUCCAGAGCCAUUUCGAUAGAGAGCAGUUGAAUGAAAGUGAUCGAAUAUGUGGUGCAUUGAAUAUUGACAGUUAUGAUCGUGCUUGUAAUGAUGAUGAUAUUAAAAGCGGUAAAGGUGACAAGAAGAAAAGCGUAUCAGAUGAUGACCGUUCAUAUGGUGUCAGUGAUGGGCGAAACAAUUAUUCUGAUACGUUUGAAAAACUGAUCACGAGGUCUGGCGACGAAGAUGAAGAAGAAGAGGAAGUGGAAAUACCAAUUAUUGACAUACAUAAAGAUAGCUAUAUUAUAACUUCGGCCAAAUAUCACAAAAGAUGUGAUCAUUCUUCCAGAAGAACAAAGGAACGAAACAGUCGUCGUCAGGUUGGUGAUGUAACAAAAAGAGCAUUGGCGAGUUCAGGUUCUGUAGAAUUAAGUAAAAAUUUAACAAAUGAUUCAUUGGAAGCCAGCAGUAAAUCAUUGUAUAGGCGUAAUGAUUGCCGUGAUAAUGAUGAUAAAACUGCUGAGGCGAUCGUGGAAAACUCAAUACCAUUAGCUACAACACCUGUUCAAAUGCGUGAUGAACAGAACGAGCCAGUGCAUUCAACCAAGUACAGUUUGGCGAGACAACGUAUUGAAGAAGCUGAGCAACAACGAGAUGAGGAUUUAAUUCAAAUUGAGCUAUUUCGGCGUAAAAAUAUCGAGCGACUGACAGAACUCAGUGAGCAGUUAGCAAAAUGGCAUGACGAUUAUACUGCCACCACAGAACUUGGCAUGGCUUGUCGUUCUUAUGACGACGAUGCAGUGAUUCAAUCGGCAAGUUUAAACAAUUGUUUAGUUGCUCCUGCGCGCAUGGCCUCAGAAUGUUUUGAUGCUUAUGAACAAGCAACUUCAAAAAAUCAUCAGCAACAUGAAGAUCAAAACAGAACCAAAAAAGGAGAAUGGAUAAAGAUUGAGGAGGAAUUGAGUGAGAAGGUGGAUGAAACAAAAGCAGAAGUUGAUAAGAGUAAAGCAUUGUCGAGAAUUCGAGGUUCAUCGCUUGAACGUGAAGGUGAUGAAAAUUCGAGUAGAAAACAUGUGCUGAGAAGUAGAAGACGAAGAAGUGAUGGUGAAAAGGAGAUGCGAUUGCUCGAUGAGAAUGACAAGCGUAUUGCGAUCGCAAGUAUUGAACGUCAUCAAAGGCAGUUGCACGAGCAACAACAACAACUAUUCGAACUGUUGGAUAAUGCCAUAUUUUUUCUCAAAAACCUCGAUACAAACACACUACAACAACGAUCAUUAACACCACAGUCGAGUGAUUUCUCUGAACGUAGUACGGCGCAUUUGGAUGAAAUCAGCACGUCAGUGGCGUCGCCAUCAAAACACGCAGCCUUAUCAACAGGCCGCAUGAUCACGCAACAAAAAAAUGAUGAAGAUGAAGGGAAGGACCAUAAGGAUGACUAUUCGGCGGCCGACAGAUCUAUGUCGGCUGAUCAACAGCGACGUAUAGGUAUUGAGCGAUUUCCUGAUAGAUCAACGGCAUCGAUUCAUAACGAAUCAGAUCAUCAUACAUCACCCGCAUCAACGAGCGAUCACCACGCUCAUCACUCAUAUUUGGAGACACCAGCACAAACGAUCAUGCGUGCGAUUAACGAAUUUAGCAACAACGAAACACUUCAUCAACAACUGCCGUGCAAAACUCAUAAUUAGUCCCUUAAGAACAGUUCAAGUGCUACUUCAACUAAUGGUUCUAAUCGUAACAACGUCAACAACAUCAAUAGUGAUAAUAAUAAUUUCGAUCCCAGUAACCAUAUCGAUGAGUUGAAGCGUUUCAUACGACCUGGAGGAUCAAGUGCUACACGACCGUCGUUCAAAUCUUCACUUGGUGCUACACGCAAUAACAACUAUAAUAGUGUGAAUGCUACUACUACUAAUAAUAACAAUAGUAGUGAUAAAAAUACUGCAAUCUUUGAAGGUGGUAGUACAAGUAGAACAUCAAGCAAUAAGUUUGGAACAACAACAACGACGCAACAGUAUCAGCAACGUCAAGGGGAUGAUUCAGUGAAAGGUCGAGGAACGUUGGAGACACAAGGCAGUCGUAUACCAUUUUGUGAACAUUGCAAACAACAAAUUCGUGGCGCAUAUGUGUUGGCCAAUGGUCUAGCCUGGUGCCCGGAGCAUUUCGUUUGUGCAAAUAAAGCAUGCAAUAGGAGACUUUUGGAUAUUGGAUUUGUUGAGGACAAAGGCCAGAAGUAUUGUGAGAACUGCUUCGAAAAUCUUAUCGCACCACAUUGUGCUAAAUGCAAUCGACCGAUUACGGCGGACUGCUUGAAUGCGCUACAAAAGCAAUGGCAUCCACAGUGCUUUGUGUGCGCUCAUUGUCAUAAACCGUUUGGCAAUUCAGCGUUCUUCUUGGAGCAAGGACUACCAUACUGCGAGACUGAUUGGAAUGCUUUAUUCACAACAAAAUGUGUUUCGUGUCACUACCCGAUCGAAGCUGGUGACAGAUGGGUAGAAGCACUCGGUUCAGCAUUUCACUCGAAUUGCUUCAACUGCACGAGCUGCAAUGUGAACUUGGAAGGUGAAAGUUUCUAUGCGAAGAAUGGUGCACCAUAUUGUAAACUUCACGCUUAA